CUAAAUUUUGCUUCAAUUUACUAAUUUGGGCUUUUGAUUUUGAUUAUGCAUGAUUUCUUUCACGUGUUUUGAUAUUGCAGAUUUGGUUUCCCUUCCCGCGGCCUUGUCUAGAUUAGUUGGACGGCAGAGACCUGAAAUUUGAUUCCUAGUUGAUCCUCAAAUCAAGCUGGGAGCUACAAUUUUUGUUUUGGGCUCAAACACCACUCAUUUAUUAAACACAAGUUUUCUAAAGGUGCCAUUUUAACCUUUUGGUUUGGAAUUAUUAGUUUACGAAUUACUACUCUAAUACACCUGCGUAACCCGAAAGCUGUCGAUUUUCGAAUUAUCUCUAAGAUCACAGCGGCAUAUCCAAAAUAAAUGAUAAUCAGCACGAGAGCCCAUUUCAAAUAAAGAAAAAGUCGAAAUUCUUAUCUGAAUUCCAUUACAGUGCCCCUUCAGUGAACUAUCGUUACAAUACACUCGUUAAAAUUUAAAAUAACGUCAGAAAAUUGCCAAAAACAUCCAUCGUAUGGAAAGAUUUUUUGUUUUAUUCAGUUUGCUUGACUAAAAAACAUGUGAUCGAAUAUAUGAAAAAUUGUUUUCUGAAUUUUUUGUGACGAUUUAAACUUGAGAGCGUUACUCAAUUUGCCAUUACUUUAUCUUGUUUUGAUUAUUCUCAACAUCAGAAAUUUUUUACCAGAAUUGGCUGAGAAGAUUAAUGAAGUUACUUUCCGAAAUAUGAAAGAAAUUAAUUCCACAAUUGAGAUAUACCCGCUGUGUUUAUCCUGAUGAUAUAUCACUCAAACUCACUGUCUUUUUUUUAAAUUUUCCCAAAACUCCCGCAUUAUCAAUUAUUCACUAUUUUACCAGUUCAUUUUACACUGAUAAGAAUCGCAACCUAUUUUUUUAUCGUUUUUGUCUCUUGUGAAAAUUAGGAUUGUUGGGAUAAAAAUAUUCCUUGAGAAAAGACCUGCAGCGCAUUACAAAUUAUGCCCUCCGUCAAAAGAAGUUUACAAAGUCUUUUUAGUUUCAGGACAGUUUUUCAUUCUUAGGAACACCUCAACAUAGGUGCGAUAUAAUUAACUUUCUUAGUAAAUCUGCUUUUAUUGACACAGAAGGUACUGAUUAAAAUUCAAAUCCAAUUUGCGGCAAAAAAUGAAAACUAUAGUUUGAGCCGAUUAUUGACCGAACCAUAAUUAGCUUCAAAUGCUUUUAGUCCGUUGGCAAUAUUUACCUUUGGCCAAAGCCUAUAAACUAAACUAGGAAGCUUGCAAUUGAAUUUAUUAACAUAUUCCUUUAGCCUGGUGUAUUUAUCAGAGUUUAAACUUACUGUAAACAGACAACGCAUUACACCAUUGGCCGCGCCCCCAAACAAAUUCGAGCCAAUUUUAUUGAAUUAAUUACCACAUUUUCGUUAAAUUCUUAAAAUUAAAUUCAUCAUCAGCGCAAAAUUAUCAGCGCAAAAUGGCCAAUUCUAGCACUCUGUUUGACGAAAGCGAGUUUGAUCAACUUGUGAGUCCAAUUUCGACCGAUUUUUUGCCCCUCAAACCGGGACUGUGGGCUCUUGCUCUAUGUGUUUUUGUCCCGCUUUGCAUUGCGACCAUAACUGGAAACAUUUUGGUCCUGGUAGCAUUCCGAAGAGAGAGAAAGCUGCGGACUGUGACCAACUACUUUCUGGUGUCUCUGGCAGUUUCCGAUCUCAUAAUUGGACUGAUCUCAAUGCCACUUUACUCCAUUUACGUACUAAAGGACGAGACGUGGAUAUUCCACGAGAACUUCUGCACUUUCUACCUCUGUGUAGAUUACACUGUAAGUGGUGCGUCCGCCCUUCAUCUUCUACUAAUCUCACUCGACCGCUAUCUCAGCAUCUCGCGACCUCUGCGGUACCGACCGGAACGCACCGCCAGGCGAGUCCUAGUCGCAAUCGCUGUCGUCUGGCUUGUCCCCUUUGUCACCUGGGCGCCCUCAAUUGUUCUCUGGCCAAUUUUCAACCCCUCUAAACACCAUUUGAGAACGGAAGGAAUCGGAAGCGGCCCGAGGACUUGCUUCAUUCGGUUUUUGGACGACUUCGUGGCCGCUUUUGCGACGUCUGUUUGGGCGUUUUAUCUCCCUGUUAUCAUCAUGGUGUUUCUCUACGUGCAGAUUUGGUGGAUUACAUAUACCAGGGCACGAAAGUUCAUGAACGAAGGUCAACAAGGUUUGUUUCACAAAUCGACAGUGAAGUCAACCCGAAACGAGGAGACGACAAAUUCGAGAAACCGAUUGGGGACCUCAGAUAUGGAUAUCCACGGGAGAAGAACUAAAAGUGAAAAUCAAUCACCGACCGACUUGCCUCGGAGAAAUUUGACGAUUAGCACGACGAUGGCCGAGGGGACCCUAACGAUUGAGCUCGAAAACGGAACAGCCUACGGAAAAGUCUUGCUGACUCCUAAUUUAUCCAGUGUUAGGAGAAACACUGACGACAACCAGUCUUCGGCGCCCCAUUCGUGUGUGAAGUUAAGUGACUCGGUGGUCGUCAGCGAAUCAAACAGCACCCCGAUUGCCACUCUUGACGGCAGAAGUAAUCACCACCGCGACGACCGCCACAACCACAAUAGGGACAAAAACGGCAGCGGCAGAAACGGAAGCAACAAAAAGUCUCACAACAAACAACGACCGCUGCAAAUCAACAAAUCUGGAGCUUAUGCGAUAUCUGGCAUGUGCGGACGACGAGGUGGGCCGAGCGGGGAUCGAAAGGCUGCCCGAGUGCUCAGUCUGAUAGCGGCUGCUUUUAUUCUCACUUGGACUCCUUAUAACGUUCUAGUUAUUCUUCAGGCAUUCGGGCUGAAUGUGACACCUUUCGUCUGGACCUUUUUCUACUGGUUGUGUUAUCUGAACUCGACCUUGAACCCAAUUUGUUAUGGAGUUGCGAAUGAGACAUUUAGAAAUACGUUUAUUGAUAUCUUGAAAUGUAGGAAACCUCGCAGGAAGCAUAACGCAGUCUUGACUUCAGUGAGGAAAAACAACACCAUUUUCGGCAAGAAAGGGCUUAACGGGCGUAGUACGGCGGCAACUACCUAACAGGGCGUAUCAUAACAUAAUAGAGAAGAAAGCGUGAACUAAUCGUUUUUACAAACUCAUUUCCAAGUGAUUUUAAAAAUUGAAACCUACCGGGUUGACAAAAAUGCAAUUAUCAUGCUUCAUAAAUCAAAAAGUUUAUUGCACGAGGAAAUUAUCGCAAAAGUUGUUGCAAUAAUAAUAACAUCACUUGCAUUUUUACCGCAGAUUCAAUCUAUGGAACUGUAUGCCAAGCGUUUUAGUCCAGGGAUGUCAACCCGGGUAUUUUAUAUGCAAUAGUAUGAGGAAGGGUUUGAUAGUUCAGAUGAUCAGUUCAAUUUAAUUUUAAAUAAAUUUUUUAAUUCGCUUAAUGAUGAUUUAUGUUUGUUA